AUGUCCACAACCAUCACAACCACCACAGCCCCUUCAUUCCUCAACCUUCCUUCUGAGCUCCGCCUCAAAAUAUGGUCUAACCUUCUCCCCGGCCCUCGUACCCUUCCAAUCCGCUAUUCUCGAGUCAAUAAAUCCUAUUUUAGUCCUAUUCCCCCUUCAAUCCUCCUAUCUAUCUCCUCCGAAACCCGUACUCUAUUCCUCGAACACUAUGUCCUCCUCCAUCUCAAUCCCUCCUACAACUCCACAAUAUACAUAAAUUUCUCCCUGGACACGCUUUGUUUUGACCACGAAGAAUGUUCAGCAGUAGGAGAUUUGGCUUUGGAUUUUAAGAAUUGUGCGCAGAGCAGUUUAAUUCAACGGGUGGAUAUUGAUGUGCAUUUAUGGGAGAUCUUAAGACUAUUUCGAUUCGAUGCUCUUUCCGAGAUUAAAUAUUUACACGGGUUGCGGAAUUUGACGUUGUUUAUGAGGCGGUAUGAGGAGGAGCAGCAGUGUUAUGGAGAAGCUUUUGAGAGGAGUAGAUUGGCGAGGAGUAGGGAAUUGCUGGCUGGUAGGAUGUUGUUUGAGGGACAAACGACGGAUAGAGAAAUUGCUCAGUGUCAGUGGUAUGUACAAAUGGUGAAGUGGGAGGUGGAACAUGGGGAUGAUGAGUGGAUUAAGGGGAAGCCGAGUGUGCAGAUGUGGAUAAUAUGA